AUGAUGUCGGCAGACAACUCGCCGAUUAGGCUUUCAAAAUCUUUCAAUAAUGUACAAUCCGUCGAAGAUUUUGAAAAUCAGGAUACAUUAAUGAAACAUGUGGAUAUAUCUAUAGUGGAGUCAGAGAAACGAGCUAAUGGGACCCUGCAUGUACGCGAUCAUUACACGGUGUAUCUAAUUGACCUAAAAGUAACAGAUACCGAUUUCAAAUUAGUACAAUCUAAAAUAAAUACUAUUUGGAGAAGAUAUACAGAGUUUGAACAGAUACAUGAUUAUCUUCAAGUCACAUAUCCUCAUGUUGUGAUACCACCAUUACCAGAAAAACGGGUACUGUAUGCAUGGCGUAAAUCAGACACAACUGAUCCUGAAUUUAUAGAAAGAAGGCGUGCAGGACUUGAGAAUUUCCUACUUCGAGUGGCCUCACAUCCCAGAUUAUGCUUCGAUGACCAAUUUAUUAAUUUCUUGCAACAGGAACAUGGCUGGCGAGAGACUAUCACAGACAGUGGGUACUUACUACAAGCCGAAAACAAACUGAAAUCAUUGUCUGUAUCAAUAACAUUGAAAAAACCAGAUCCUGAAAUUGAAAGUGUCAAAAAUUAUGGAAAGCAGUUGGAAACAAACUUAGGAAACUUCUUGUAUACUAGGUCUAAAAUAAUAGAGAAAAACUAUGCGCUAUGCAAACUUCACGCCAACUACGGCAAAUUAUUUAGCGAGUGGAGUGUUAUUGAGAAGGAAAUGGGCGACGGCUUACAGAAGGCCGGCCAUUACUUUGAUUCAAUAGCGGACAGCAUAGACGCGGUAGCGGAAGACGAAGAGCAACUGGCAGAUCAAUUGAAGGAGUACCUGUUUUAUGCCGGUGCACUGCAGCAGCUCUGCAGCAACCAUGAAGCGCUGCAGAGGAAUCUUGAGGUCGCUCACGAUACGCUAAAUAACAGGAUAGCAGAACGCAACCGUGCGGCCGCCGGUAAAUCGGGAAUCAUGUCCCGGCUGUUUGGAACCACGGACCCGGACAUCGUACGCGACCAAAGUACUAGGGCGCUCGACGCCAAGAUACUCGCUGACAAGGAGGCUAUCGAGAAGGCGCAAAGGGAACUUGAGGACUUCACCAAGAAAGCUUCAGUAGAAAUCGAUUACUUCCAAAAGCAAAAGGACAGGGACCUGCACGAAUCACUCGUCGGUUUCAUAACGCUCCAAGUGAAAGCUGCGAAAAAGAACUUGCAAGCAUGGACGCAAAUCAAGGAGUGCAUUCAAAAUAUGCCUUGA